AUGCGUACUCAAAGAAGCAACAGUCGCCUUAGUAUGAGCAGUAAGCAUGGUGGGGGGAGCCGAGCUUCGGAUGAAGAUGGAAAAACAGCUGUCAAAGUCGCCGUCCGUGUUCGUCCGCCUUUAAAACCAGACGACCCCAAUUAUGAAUUGGUUCCACAACGCUUUCAGCGCCCGAUGGUGCAUGUCAUAAAUCCGACCAGUCUAGCAGUGGAUGUCCCGCAGGGCCGCAAGUUGUUUGUUUUCGAUCGCGUAUUCUCCGAGGCGGUUGACCAGGACGGAAUUUGGGAAUAUUUGAGCGACAGUGUGACAUCUUUCUUGCAAGGCUACAAUGUCUCCAUCCUGGCAUAUGGCCAGUCCGGCGCGGGAAAGUCCUAUACCAUGGGAACCUCGGGACCCAGCGAACAACAAGACCCAAAAUCCAUGGGAAUCAUUCCUCGUGCCGCGCAGCUCCUUUUCGAGAAAUUGGACGGCCCGCCGAAGCAUAACCGUCACAGUUCGUCUGGUCUUCGAACUCCAGCUCGGUACUCGGUUGGGUCUACCUCGAGUUUUGGGAAAGCGAAUGUUGAGAAGAAUUGGCAGUUGAAAGCCACCUACGUUGAAAUCUACAACGAGCAAUUGAGAGAUUUGCUUGUCCCAGACAACACGCCCUUCGGUGAUCGCAACGCGGUCACUAUUCGUGAGGAUGCAAAAGGUCGUAUCAUCCUCACCGGCUUACAUCAGGUCACCAUCAAUUCGGUGGAAGACUUGAUGGGCGCCUUGAGCUUCGGAUCCUCGAUCCGACAAACUGACUCGACUGCCAUCAACGCAAAAUCCUCGCGUUCGCACGCCGUGUUCAGCUUGAACCUGGUACAGCGAAAAUCGUCGAACGGGAUUGUGUCACCCAAGGACAAGCGUAUGUCCAUGCCGGUAGAUAUGGCCGCUGGGUCUGACCAAACCAUCACGGUCGACAGCAAAUUGCACUUUGUUGAUUUGGCGGGAAGUGAGAGGUUGAAAAACACCGGGGCCUCGGGCGAGAGGGCGAGGGAAGGUAUCUCGAUCAAUGCCGGUCUUGCUGCACUGGGCAAGGUCAUUUCUCAGCUGUCGUCUCGUCAAGCGGGGUCCCACGUUUCCUACCGCGACUCAAAGUUGACCCGUCUCCUUCAAGACUCCCUCGGUGGAAAUGCCUACACGUACAUGAUUGCCUGUGUGACACCUCCAGAGUUUCAUCUGAGUGAAACGCUCAACACGGUCCAAUACGCGCAGCGAGCUAGAGCGAUUCAGAGUAAACCGCGCAUUCAACAGGUCAAUGAUGAUUCUGACAAACAUGCGGUCAUUGAGCGACUGAAGGCAGAAGUGGCCUUCUUGCGCCAACAAUUACGCAACGCAGAGGAGGCUGACCGACGAAGCAUCGCACCAGCGGAACGAACAGAACGCCAAAAUGAAAGAGAGAUCGAACUUCAAAAUCACUUGCUGGACGUCCAAGAGAGCUACAAUGCGCUCAGUCAGCGCCAUGCCAAGCUUAUCUCGGAGUUGGCGCGAGACUCUGAAAGAGGCGCCGAGACCGAUUCGAAUGACAUCGCCACUGCCGUCGGCAAAAGUUCAGUUGAGCGACUCAAGAGGUCUCAGUCGUUUGCGGAGUCGAUUGAGCAGGUAGUGCUCGAAUACGAGAAAACUAUACAAAGCCUCGAAACGUCCUUGUCAAAUACUCGGUCCUCUUUGUCCACCACCGAAAGCACUCUUCUCGAACGCGAGACUAAAUGUGCCUACAUUGAAACUGUUAACACACAAUUACAAUCUCGCAUUCAGAAACUUUUGGAUCGCGAAGGUAGCACAGAAGCGUAUCUACAUGAGCUAGAAUCUAAGCUCGAUGGACAAUCAUCGGGCGAAGAAAAGCAGCAGGCUAUCGUGUCAGAACUGCGCAAGGAGCUCAGUCGUGCCCGUGAAAGCGAAGCCAAUUGCGAGGAAUAUAUCACUACUCUGGAGGAGCGUCUGGCUGAAGCAGAUCAAGACAUGGAGCUAAUGCAGAGAGAAUUGGAACGGUUGGAGCACGUCGUCGAGCGUCAGCGAAGCCUAGGGAAGCUUGACAACCUUCUUCACGAGCUCGACCACAUUCAACAAAAUGGCACUCAAAAGGAGCACGAGCCCCUUGCUGAGCCUGAGAGCGUCACUGGCUUUCACGCCAAGGGUGCCUUCAACCCUCGUUUACGGGCAACGUCGCUGGACGUAUUAACUGAAGCGGUAGAGACUGCUAUCCCAGAAUCUGAUGAAGGACUGAGCGAAAUAGUGCCUACACUUGCAGACGAGACCCAGGUUGAUGCGCAGUCGGUUGCCGAAGAAGAUGAGCGCGAUUUGAAGGCGUUGGAAAGUGCAACCAACCACCUUCAGCCUGAUGCCGCAAUGUCACAAAGCCGAUCUCCCAGUCCCACUCAGUCCAGAGUCGUUGCGGACAAGCUUGAGACGGUGACGCAGGAACUCUGUGACUUGCGUUUGCAGCAUGAGACCACGCUGAAUGACUAUGAACUCCUCGAGUCUAGGUAUGAGGCUGCUAUGAAGGCUUUGACUGAGCUUCAACAGGAUGCUGCAGAUGAAGCGCGCCAUCCCGCGUCGAACCUCCAGACCCUUCUUUCACCGACUGCGUCUUCCCGUCCGGUAUCUUUUUUAGACGAUGCGAAGAUCCCCGAGUCGAGAGUUGGAACACAACGUUCCUUCUCGCAAUCACUCUCUUCGGAGUUAUCCUUGGCCGGGGAGCCUGCUGCUUCGCACGAACCAUCUAAUACAAAUGAGCAAUUGACUGAGCAGGAGGUCCCCAACAGUGCUCGAAUCUCUGAGGCCGACGAAGCCAGGGCUCAGGAGGUCGAGCAGAUGCGUCGUUUGCUCUCUGAGCAUCAGGAAGGUGUUAGUAUCAUGACGCAGAAGUACGCUCAGCUGCAGGCUGAGCACGAACAAACUCUCGGCCUCAUUGAAACACUCAAGGCCGAACUUCAGAAACCCAAGUCAUCCUCGCCGCCAACCACCCCGGGCUUCAAGUCUUCUGUUAUCAGACGCAAGGCAAGCCAGAGUCUGAUUGGUAGUGUGGAUCGUGCUCAUCGAUGCUUAGCCGCCUUGCGCAACAUCGCCUCGGAGGAAUUCGAGUCUCGUCCUGAUACAAUGCAAAACUUUGAGGUUCACCUCGAUUCCGCUAUGCACGAACUGUACAGUCGCAUGGAGCGCAUUCAGGCGCUCGAGGCCGAGAACCAGAGUGUCAAAAAAGAGAUGGAGAUGAAGUCGACCAUCAUUUCCGGACUCACUCGUGAGAGAUCCAGCUUGCAGGGUGGUGCAUCCCAGGUAGAUAUGGGGCUCGUUUCUCAACUGCGUGACCAAGUCGUUCAACAAGAAAAUAUCAUCACUGAAAUGAAAGAAGCACACGAGGCUAGAGAAAAGCAACUCCUGGCUGAGAUUGAGGAACUCAAGGGUCUUCUCAAAACCCAGGAAGAAGCCGCCAAGGCCUACGACGCUGGUGCUGAAGAACAGGAUCGGAAGAUCGAUUCUCUCAACGGUGAGCUUUUCGAGUGGAAGAACAAGCAUCAUAACGCCGUCCAAUCUCUGCAAUCCUCGGAAGAGCAGCUUAGUGCCACUCUUGCGGAGCUUGAUAGUGCCCUGGCCUCUCUGGAUACAAUGCGUACCGAACAGGCCGCUGCAGGCGAAGCAUCUGCUUCUAAAGAGGCUGCCGCAAGAGAACUGGAGAGCGAGAGAGUGCAACAGGAAGAAACGGUCAGUAAGCUGAAACGGGUCAUCGAGGAACAUCAAUCUACCGCCACCAUCAACCUUGAAAAGAUCGCGUCUCUGGAGAAGCUGUAUGCGGAGGCUCAGCAGCAAUUGUCAGCACUCCAGGCCGCUGAAAUAAGCGAUGGAGAUGAGGUGGAGAUGCAUCAAUCCCGCAUGACUGAUUUGGAGAAAGAGAUUGAAACCCACAAAUCGCUUGCCAAUUCUUACAAGAAGGACCUCGAGUCCCUGCAGGAAAUUCACAGACAAGAGAAGGGAGAAUUGGAAUCCCGCGCAAGAGCCGCCGCGCAGGCUGAAUAUGAGACACGUUUCACCGAGAUGAACGCUGACCAUGAACAAGCCAUGAACAAAUUGAGAUCUGAGAUCAUGGAAUCACGCGACGAAUUGACGAAUCUGAUACACACGGUCGCGCGAGUGUUGAACUCCGAUGUCACGGCUGACAACCUCGCGGACCAGAUCCAAGACGUCUUGAUGCAAAAGCAGCACUUCUCUGAAAAGUAUGCAGAGCUCAUGGAUAUGAAUGAUGAUUUGCGCAAGCAACUGGACGAUAAAGGCAGUGAAGCCAGCCGUCUGGAUGAGCUCACCCGAAAUAGCGCGGCUAAAGACGCCAAGGUGAAUGAGCUUGCUCUUCUGGUCGCGACGCUGGAAGAUACCCUUUUGCAAAAGGAUGAACAGGUAAAGAAGAAAGAGGCGCUUCUUGCAGAAGUCCAAGAAGAAAAGGAGAGGAGCGUCCGUCUUGUUGAAGAGCUCGAGGAACAAAUCACGAACAGUUUCGACCAGCACAACAAACGCCUUUCCGUAAUCCAGCAAGAGCGCGACCAAGCUCUGGAGGAUGCCAAGGUCAAAAUCGCCACUUAUGAGAAGGAAAUUGAGACCUACCGUUUGCGCAUUGAGCAGCUUGAGCUUCAGCUCAAGAACCACGAUAGCUCUCACGAUCGCAGCAGCUCGAUCACGUCUAACCUCCGCAAGAGCUCCUCGGCAACCUCCCUUCCUUCUCCACCACCGGCAAUUCCAUUGCCACCACUUCCUAAUAUUGCAUCCGCCGCCAACGGAGGCGGUAGCAUCUCUCCGCCCAGCUCGCGUCACACUAGCAAGGAAUUGGUCAGCACACAAAUCGUUGAGGACCAAGAAGCGCGCAUCCGAACCAUUGAAAAGCACCUGAAUGCUGAGAAACAGCUUACAGCUACUUUGGAAGAAGCUCUUGGUGACCUCGAAGCCCAGAGUAAUAAAGUCAAGACCGACUGUGACACUUGGAAAAAGAAGGCUUGGCAAUUGGAAGAGGAGCUGACGACGUUGCGUAAAGAGCGUAACUCGCAACGCCUUUCUCUCCAGGCUGUUGAGGAGGAGAGGAGUGCUCGCCGGGAGGCCGAAGCCGCCAGAGCGCAGCUUGAAGAACGCAUGAAUGCGCUCAACAAGAAGAAGAAGAAGAGCACACUCAACUGCUUCUAA